CUUCGACACUUUUCCUUCACAUCCAUACUACGUCCACUAACAGCACAGUCUCAACAGCGACAAUCGCAAUCACUCUCCAACAGGUUUCGAACCAUCCUGAAAGAGUUUCCUGAAACGCGUUUCUUAUCCCGCCAGACAAAACUACAGCGAGCAAAAUCCACCAUGUCAACGCUUGCAAUGGGCAAGGGUCUGAUAGACCCAAGAUACUGUUGCUGUGCCGUACCUCUGGUUAACGCAGGUAUCUACACAGUUUUAGGAGAACAGGCAGUGCUCGGUGCUGCCAUAGGUAUUGUGGUUUUCGCGACCCCCGACAUUGUUGGUGCAUCCUUCCCCACUUUUGGUGGCGAUAUAUUUGCCGUUAUUUGCUUCAUUGUUGCAGCUUUCCAACCUAUAGGUUUUAUUGGGGUAUUAAGAGAAAAAACAUCAACAUUCAAAAUGUACACUCUUUUGAAUGCCCUUGGUAUCUUAGCAGCUCUGAUAUGCUCUGCUGCUCUCAUUAUCACAUCGGCACUCAGACAUGAUACUGCUGUGACGGACUGCGAGUACAAGUUUUUUUCCGAUGCGGGGAACUCUUCUUCAACCGCAAACGAGACACUCGCUAGCGAGGGCCAAGCGCUGUGCAGCGCAUUUGCCUGGGCGGAUGUUGGAAUUAUGGGCGGAUUAUGGGUCAUUUUAUUGAUUGUUCAAGGAUACUUCGUGUACCUCACUCGAGUAUACUCCGCCUCUCAAGUAUCAGACCACAAACUAUACCACUCCGUUUACUCCGAGAAUCCCGAAGCCUUCACAAUGUCUGUUCUUCGAUCCAGCCGCUACAAUCCCGGAUCCGUUUAUAACACCAUGCCUGGCCCAGAUGCCGACGCGUGGGACGCGAGACCGAGUAUGGACUCUGUGCGAGAUGUACCUGCACUUCACGGAGGAUACCCGGAUGACUCACAGCCAUUGCAUUACGAGGAUAACUAUGGUAAACCACAAAACUACCCUCCCGACUAUGAACUACAUCCCCUCGCUGGGCAACAAGGCGGGCAGUAUGCGUUCGCAACUCCUGGUGGAGGGUAUGUUGAUCACCCAGCAGAAACGAGAACACGGCAAGAGGAGGGUGCGCCAAUGGCCAAUCAGUAUUCUGGAGAUCAAGGUCUUGGAUAUACUGGUGUUGGGACGGGUUUAAGAAGACCAGAAGAGAUGCAGAAUCAUCCAGGUGUACAUUAUUGAUGUCCGCGGUAUGAUGAUCGGAUAGUGUUGAUUCUUUUAACACCCUAGGGUUUAUUUGGGAGAACGAUACCUAAGAAUGUCUAUUGAUGGAAGUAGGGUUCACAAGAAAUGUGUGUAACAUUCGCAAUUUCUAGAUAUGACUUGACGAACCAUGUACUGUUUGAUACCCCG